AUGGGAUUCGGCUCAAGUUUCUUGGAUCUUGCUCGAGCUCAGACUUCCAAGAUGAGUCCUGGGUUGCGUGACGAUAUGGAAGUUGGCUCCUCAUCAGAUGGCGAAAUCCGCCAGGCUUCCAGUCCGCUCGGAGGAAAGUUUCUUGUGAUGGCCUCAACCGUCCUAUUCCUGGCGGCCUUCAUGUUGGGUGCAUGUGCUGCUCUGCUCUUCCAAUCUUCGCUUCAUUCCUCGCCUCAUACUCGCUUGCGUGCCCUUGGCACCACAGCGCAGCUGGGAGAAGCACCAGAAGCACCUGCAGCACCUGUGUUGCCAGGACUCGGCGUGACGGGCCUUCCUGGAAACCCCAAACUCUAUGGCAAGAUCCCUGAGAAGACAAUCUGGUUUUACUAUGACAAGGGCUUCGACCCAAUGCCAAGCCGAAUUGUCGACCUGUGCAUCCAGUCCUUCUGUGCCAACAACCCUGAUUGGAACUUCGAGUUUGUCUCAGACAGCAACUUGCUCGACUAUGUGAGCGCGGACAUGCUACCAUCCGCAUUCUGGACAUGGCACCAGCCUGCCAACAAGAAGGACAUGGUCAUGGCCAACCUUCUAGCCCUCUACGGAGGAGUUGCUGUUGACUCGACGAUCAUCAACUUCAAGUCCCUGAAUGGUUUGUGGCAAAAGAUGCUGCAGGACGGAGCAGACGCUGUGAUUUACUGGUACAGAUUGGUUGAGCCUUGGGGGGCACCGGAUAGUGCCGCGGUGUGGUCCUUCAUGGCUCGUCGAGACACGGGCAUCUUCCGACGAUAUGCGCAGGACAUCAAGGCGAACUUUGGAGACGUGCUUGACGUCUCCCAGGCAGGGGGAAAUCCCUACCUCGCCUUCGGCAGCGGAAGCCUUGAGCCGAUCAUGGUCGAGGUCAAUGCUUCUCUUCCCCUUUGCAUGAAUGACCCGACGCUGACAGAGUAUAACAAGCAACGAUGCGCAACCAGUGCUGCCAAGUACCAUGCCGCCAGAAAUGGCAAUCUAAACAAUACGAAGGUUAUCCUGCUGGACCCAAACGACCGCCACAGUGGACCACAGCUAAACAUUUGGAAGCCGCUGUGCAUCAACAUGGCUGGAGAUUGCCCAACUCCGACCCGGCAAAAUUCAGCUGGUCUCUGGCAGGAGUAUGAAGAUCGUAAGAGUAACCCUUACUUUACCAUGAUCAAGCUCUUCGCAAGAGGGGGUACAUUCGCGCAGACUCACCCAGAGCUCUUGUUGCAGAAGAACAUGGAAGAGAACAUCUUCAGCGAGUGGUUCAAAGCUGCCGGGCUUGAGCCGGAUCAACCCAGCCGUUGCAAGGCAAAGAUGGAAAGGCAGGAAACAAAUUAA